CUUAGUUUCUAGUUUCUAGUCUCAUUUCAUUUACCAAAAUGCAGCAGACGAAGGAGCAAGACAAUAGUCCCAGUCAUGUGGCUGAAAAUCAAAGGCUGAGAGAAAAGAUAGUGAAGGAUUUAACGGCGGACAAAAGGCGGCUAGUGGAGGUGCCCUACACUGCAUCCUUAGCUCACACUAUGAACACUUUGGUGGCCAACAACGUGGUGGCGGCGCCGGUGGCUGCACCACCGGGGCAUUGGAUCGGUGCAGGUGGGUCCAUGAUCUUGGAGUCCGAUAAACAGACGGGAGCCGUCACGAAACACUACAUAGGUAUGCUUGCCAUGCUGGAUAUUUUGGUACACAUUGCCGGCGAUGAUCGGAUGAACGGCGGUGAUGAUGGGCCUGAUCUUGAUAAGAAGAUGUCCGUCCCUGUUUCCUCCAUCAUAGGCCAUUGCCUCGAAGGUUUAAGUCUUUGGACUUUAAAUCCCAGCACUAGUAUUAUAGAGUGUAUGGAAGUGAUGAGCAAGGGGAUCCAUCGAGCUCUGGUUCCAACAGAGAGCCGGAUGGAGAACAUUUCAGGAGUUGAACUUGUGGAGGCUGCAUGGAGCUAUCGAAUGUUGACGCAGAUGGAUUUGUUGAAGUUUUUGAUGAACAAGCAGUAUGCGGACGAAAUGAAGAGUAUUAUAUCGCAGUCUGUGAGAGAAUUGGCAGCGGUGAAUGAAAGUGUUUUCGCCAUAACUGAGCGCACUAAAGUUAUUGAUGCUGUCAAAUGCAUGAGGGCCACUUUGCUUCAUGCUGUUCCCAUAGUUAAAGCCUCUCAAACAAUGCAAGAAGAAGAUCCCAAGCAGCUUAUAAACGGGAAAGGGAGGUAGCUUAUAGGUACAUUUUCAGCAACAGAUUUAAGGGGUUGUCAUCUUGCUUCACUUCAAACAUGGUUGCCUCUAACUGCUCAAGACUUCACACUGAACAUCUCAACAAGUCCUCUAUAUACAACUUCCAACACAACUGAACCAAGACAGCUAAUAACAUGCCACAUGGAUUCGCCCCUCGCCGAAGUAAUCAGUAAGGCUCUGACACAUCACGUCCACCGAGUUUGGGUCGUCGAUGAACAGGGCUUGCUUCUUGCUGUUGUUGCUCUCACUGACAUGAUCAGAGUGAUAAGAGCCUCACUGUUAUCCCAAAAUUCUCAGUGAUGUGAUCUAAAUAGAGUUGGAAAUGUGCCCUUGGGCAUUAUUUUUGGAGUUUUUUGUUGUUAAAUACUGUUUUGAGAAGCGGUUUCUUUCACCUUAGCUUUUAAAGACCAAAAAAAUAACUUCAGUUCA